GUGGUCGGUACUGGAAACUAUAAUGUUUUGACGUUUGCAAAUGUUGUGUUUUUGAGAUUUCCGUGAAAAAUGUCGAGUUUAGCUUGUCUUCAGAGCUAUGGAAGUGCUAGUGAUACAGAUUCUGAUGCAGAAGAUCCCAAAGAACUCGUGGUGACUGAAAAACCCGUAGGUGGUGGUGAAUAUUCCCUGGCAAAGUCCAUUGAAAUCUGUGCAAAUCCAAGCGUGAUUCCCGUGAGGGAUGCCGAUGUGUCGAGAGUAGUGGAUCCGGGUGUGAAAGAGCUGGAAUAUAACCCAAAAUAUGAAGAAUUGUUUGCACCUGUCAAAGGUCCGGAAAAUCCCUUCCUGACUGACCAGAUGAGAGCCACGAAGAACAUGCUUUGUGGCUUUGUGGAGAAGGCUCAUAUCAGUGCAUUUCAGUUUGAGAAUCAACGACGGACUUUCCAUACUUUUGGCUAUGCGCUGGAUCCCUCAGUCGAUGGGGAAGGCUGCGAUGGCCAGAGUUACGUUGGUGACCUCCAGGCAGCCUAUGACACAGACGGGAAGACUGUCUUUGAGCCUGCCACCUUGCCAACGAGUCAGAGUAAGCGGAAGAGGAAUAGAAAUGACAAUCCGGAAGAUGUUAAUGGCUUUCUCGGGCCUUGGGGGAAGUUUGAGGAUGAGAAAACCGUUGCAGUGCCCACGGAACAGGAGAAAGCAGAACUCGAGGAAUUACUCUCAAAGAAGCACAAGCGCGGGAAGUUGCUGGAGGAAAAGCCCGUGGAGGAGAAAUCUGUGCUUCACAUCAAGGAUGCCAUCGAUUAUCAGGGACGCUCCUUCCUGCACGCUCCUCACGAUGUCGGCGUCAAUCUACGUUCAGAUGCUCCUCCGUCGCAGUGCUUCCUGCCCAAGGCACACAUCCACACGUGGCAGGGACAUACAAAGGGCAUAGCUGCCAUCAGACUCUUCCCAAGAACUGGACAUCUCCUUCUAUCUGCCAGCAUGGACACCCGUGUCAAACUCUGGGAAGUCUACGGAGAGAGACGCUGCGUGCAGACCUACUCGGGCCAUCGGCAAGCCGUCAGGGAUAUCUGCUUCAACAACAAAGGAACUCAAUUCCUCUCAGCAGCAUACGAUCGCUACAUCAAACUCUGGGACACGGAAACUGGCCAAGUGGUGUCACGAUUCACCUCCAGAAAGAUCCCAUUCUGUGUCAAAUUCUAUCCGGACAACAACAAACAGUACCUCUUUGUGGCUGGCACUUCGGACAAGAAGAUCAUUUGCUGGGACACUCGAAGUGGCGAAAUUGUCCAGGAGUACGAUAGACAUCUGGGUGCUGUGAAUUCCAUCACCUUUGUCGAUGGGAAUCGUCGCUUUGUCACAACUUCCGACGACAAGAGCUUGAGAGUCUGGGAAUGGGAUAUUCCCGUGGACAUGAAAUACAUCGCUGAUCCGACGAUGCAUUCAAUGCCUUCAGUCACGCUGUCGCCGAAUAACAAGUGGCUGGCCUGCCAGAGCCUGGACAACAAAAUUGUCAUCUUCUCAGCCCUCAAUCGCUUCAAGAUGAACAGGAAGAAGACCUUCACGGGCCACAUGGUGGCUGGAUACGCAUGCAGCUUGGACUUUUCGCCGGACAUGAGCUUCCUGGUGUCAGGAGAUGGCGAUGGCAAAGCUUACAUUUGGGAUUGGAGAACAACAAAAUUGUACAAGAAGUGGAAGGCUCAUGAUGGAGUUUGUAUAAAUUGUCUGUGGCAUCCUCAUGAGCCGAGUAAACUCAUCACAGCCGGAUGGGAUGGUCUCAUCAAGUAUUGGGAUUAAAAGUUUUAAUAUUUUUUUUUAAGUUAUAAGAAUAAAAAUAAAUUGAAAAAGGAAAAA